CCCACCACAUUCGCUCGCUGCCAUCUCUCGCAAAACAAGCUCGACGACAUCUGGUCCCUCAUUUUUUUCCCCUACCGUCGUCAAAAACACCGUCAUGGAUACUUUAUUAUUUCAGAGGGACGAGGCCACGCGCGAUCGCGUCCGCCAGGCCCUGGAGUUUCUCGAUCCUCAUGACCAGCAUGCGCGGAGUUACCGACCAGACAUCAUCUUGAUGCUACAGAAGAACCAACGCAGACUUGUCGUUAACAUCGAUCAUGUCCGCGAGCACAACCCCGAGAUGGCUGAGGGGCUGCUCAGCAACCCCUUCGACUACACCUUGGCCUUCAACCAUGCCCUCAAGGAGAUCGUCAAGACAGUGCCUCAAGCGCGUCCAGACCAGGUGGACGCCGACGUGCUCUACUACUGCGCCUGGGCCGGCAGCUUCGGCCUCAACGCCUGCAACCCACGGACGCUGUCGUCGCAGCACCUGAACAGUAUGGUCUCAAUUGAGGGCAUCGUCACACGCUGCUCCCUGAUCCGCCCCAAGAUCGUCAAAAGUGUGCACUACACGGAAGAAACCCAAAAAUGGUAUUUCAAAGAGUACCGUGACCAGACCAUGACCAAGGGCGUCACCACGACCAGCGUCUACCCUACUGAAGACCAGGAGGGGAACCCCCUGAUGACCGAGUACGGCUUGUGCACGUACCGGGACCACCAGACCGUCUCAAUUCAGGAGAUGCCCGAGCGCGCGCCUGCAGGCCAGCUGCCCCGCGGUGUUGACGUAAUUCUCGACGACGACCUCGUCGACAGGGUCAAGCCGGGCGAUCGUGUUCAGCUGGUCGGCAUCUACAGGACAUUAGGUAACAGGAACACGAACCACAAUAGUGCCCUCUUCAAGACGGUUCUGCUGGCCAACAAUGUCGUGUUGCUUUCGAGCAAAUCCGGCGGCGGCAUCGCCACUGCCACCAUUACCGAUACCGACAUCCGGAAUAUCAACAAGAUCUCCAAAAAGCCCAAGCUGUUUGACCUGCUCUCGCAGUCUCUGGCGCCGAGUAUUUACGGCCACGAGUACAUCAAAAAGGCCAUCCUCUUGAUGCUCUUGGGGGGAAUGGAGAAGAACUUGGAGAACGGCACGCAUCUCAGAGGUGACAUCAACAUUUUGAUGGUUGGUGACCCUUCGACUGCCAAGUCUCAGCUGCUGCGAUUCGUGCUCAACACGGCUCCCCUGGCCAUCGCCACCACCGGUCGUGGUUCUUCAGGUGUCGGUCUGACGGCUGCUGUGACCUCGGACAAGGAGACGGGCGAGAGGCGGCUAGAGGCUGGUGCCAUGGUCAUGGCUGACCGUGGCGUCGUGUGCAUUGACGAGUUUGACAAGAUGUCGGACAUUGAUCGAGUGGCCAUCCACGAAGUAAUGGAGCAGCAGACAGUCACUAUCGCUAAGGCGGGCAUCCACACGUCCCUGAACGCCCGCUGCAGCGUCAUCGCCGCCGCCAACCCCAUCUUUGGGCAGUAUGAUACACACAAAGACCCACACAAGAACAUUGCCCUGCCGGAUUCUCUGCUGUCCCGUUUCGACCUUCUGUUCGUCGUCACGGACGACAUCGAGGAUACCAGGGACCGGCAAGUCUCAGAACACGUCUUGCGCAUGCACAGAUACCGGCAGCCGGGCACCGAAGAGGGCGCCCCGGUGCGCGAGAACGCAGGCCAGGCGCUCAACGUCGCUCUCAACCAACAAGCUGACUCGCAGCGACUGACUGAGGUGUACGAGAAGUACGACGCGAUGCUGCACGCGGGCGUCAAGGGCACGGGGCGGGGAGCCAACAAGAAGCCUGAGGUGCUGAGCAUCCCCUUCAUGAAGAAGUACAUCCAGUACGCCAAGACGCGUAUCAAGCCGGUCUUGACGCAGGAGGCGGCUGACCGGAUCGCCGACAUUUACGUCGGCCUGCGCAAUGACGACAUGGAGAGCAACCAGCGCAAAACCAGCCCUAUGACGGUGCGUACCCUUGAGACCCUCAUCCGUCUUGCCACGGCACACGCCAAGUCCCGUCUCUCCAACCGCGUCGAGGAGCGCGACGCCGCGGCAGCCGAGUCUAUCCUCCGGUUUGCGCUCUUCAAGGAAGUUGUCCAAGACGAGUCCCGCAGGAAGCGGCGCAAGACCCGGCCGCUCGAAGACGACAACGACGACAGCGACUCGGACGACUCAGAUGAUUCGGACGGCGACGAAGCGAACGACACAGCGAGCAGAAGCAGAGCUCACGCAAGCACCGCCCGCUCCGCCAGCGCUUCUCAGCGCGCCCGCAACAACGCCCGCCGCCGGCCGACCCGCAGACAAGGCAGCUCCCCGGACGGCGCAGACGGCGCAACACCCGACGAAGCACCAGAAGAACAAGAAGAGGAGGACGACAAGGGAGAAGAUAUCUACAACGCCACCCCGCGCCGCGCGAUACGCACCAACCGGUCCAUCGCCGCAGCCUCGUCCUCCCAGCCCUCGUUCCCCUCCUCCCUCCCAGCCUCCCAGCUCCGCACCCAAUCAUCCCGGACCCAGUCGCAACGAGACGACGAAGUCCUGGCCUCCAACACCGCCAACCUCACCGUGUCAGACGACGCCGAAGGCGACGAGGACGACGAAGAAGAGCAGCCCAUCAGCGAGCAGCGACUGGACGUGUUCCGGCGGGCGCUAGGCCAACUGCUCAACACGCCACUGUUCGAGGACGACUCGGCCGGCGUCGGGGAGCUGAUCGAGGCUGUGAAUCGGAGGAUUGGGGGUGGGCAGGAGAAGUUUGGGCGGGAGGAGGCGAUCAAGGCGCUGAAGGAGAUGGAUGGGCGGAAUCAGAUUAUGUAUACGGAUGGCGAGCUGGUUUAUAAGAUUUGAUGGUUGAGAAUGAGGGUGGAUGGGUUAUUUUUGUGUGGUGGUUACUGUGUCUGUUAUGAAUGGGACUGAUUAGGAGUUGUUCUCAGCAUCACAUGGUCAUCAUGGAUGUAGAUGGGUAGGUGAUACUCAAGGGUAGCGAUUUAUGAUACCGUUAUUCUCGGCUUGACGUGAGUAAUUAUGUGGCAGCUCAAGCGUGGUACAGGCGUCAUGCUCGCGGAAUGGGUGUUUGGGAGGAGGGAUGAGAACAAAGUUCGUUUCCGGCCUCAAACU